CUGGAAUGAUCCCCCCAUAUUGGCAUGGCUGUCUCCCUCAUUUCCUUCAAGCACGUGUCCAGUGUCGCUCUCUCAAUGAGGCCUACCACCCUGACCCGUCUAUCUGUAAUCGCAACCUCCCAAUUCCUACAAUUUCCCAUCUCCCUUACCCUGCUCUGUUUCCAUGCCACGUUAUUACCUUCGAAUACAUUUAUUAUGAUUUAAAGUAUUAAUUAAAUAAAAUUUAGUAGGGGAGACAGACAAUAAACAGGAAAAUAAAAGCAUGAGUGUAGGAACGUUUAGUCCAGCGGUGAGUGCUCUGAUAAAAACAACAUCCCAGGGAUGGGGCACACUGCAGGCCAGGCUGCUUUACAGCUGUCUGGGAGAGGACCUCUGAGCUAAGACUCAAAUGCCUGACGGGAAGCGGUCCUGAGGAGCGGAGCUGCAGCUCGGGGUGGGAAGGGAGAGCAUUCUAGGCUGCAAAGGCCCUGAGGUGGGAGCCAAGUUCAUGGGCAGAUGUUUGAGCACACCUCUGGCUUCCAGCGCCUUCCAGAAGCUCCAGUCCCUUGGGUUUGGUUGUGUAUUCCUGUGACCUUCACCGCAGGCCUCCUCCUGGACCCACUAGGGCAGAGCCUGGGGGCUGCUGGUGGGUUUCAGGCUAGGGAAAUAGAAAUGGGUAAUUCCCAGAGGCAGCAAUCAGCAGACCCGGUGGCCCGGUGGGUGGCCAGGAAAGCUUGUCCGUGCUUCGAGGACUGUGUAGGAGCCCGCCCUUAGGAGGUGCCCAGAGUGAGACCAUCCCAGUUUGGAUCUGCCGGGGAAGUGGGCCGGCCAGGGAGAGGGGGAAGAGGGGGACCAGAGGGGAAGACUGAGUUUUCCGGACGGUGGGCUGGGUCCGAGGCCGGCGGACCGUCUGAGGGGGUCCUCCGGGUUCGAGGCCGCUGGCACCAACCAGCUCUGUGACCCUCUCGGGCCUCAGUUUCCCGCCCUUGCGGAUCCCUAGGCGACCUCGCAGAUCCUGGGCCUGGUGAUUACUGGGCGGGGAAGGGCGGGAACUCGAGCCUCCCGGGCGGGGUCUCCCAGAUUCCGCGGCCACGUUUGCGACCCAGGCGGAGGCGCGGGGUCUGAAGCCAGAAUCGCUCUCCUGGGCUUCGGUGCGAUCGGCAGUGGGAGGCUCCCUGCGAACCAGGUGGUCCAAGGGCUGAGCUGUGUGGCCAGACAAGAGGUCUCUGCCUUCCCCCAGGGAGCCCUCCUGUUCCCGUGGGAGCCAUGAAGCUGAACGAGAGAAGUGUGGCUCACUAUGCACUCAGCGACUCCCCAGCAGACCACAUGGGCUUCCUGCGCACCUGGGGGAGCCCAGGGACCCCACCAACCCCCAGUGGCACUGGCCGAAGAUGCUGGUUUGUCCUCAAGGGCAACCUGCUGUUUUCCUUUGAGAGUCGCAAGGGCCGGGCCCCACUGAGCCUGGUGGUGUUGGAAGGCUGCACAGUGGAACUGGCCGAGGCUCCCGUGCCCGAGGAGUUUGCCUUUGCCAUAUGCUUUGAUGCCCCCGGAGUGCACCCACACCUGCUUGCUGCAGAAGGGCCUGCAGCCCAGGAGGCCUGGGUGAAGGCGCUGUCCCGGGCAAGCUUUGGCUACAUGCGCCUGGUGGUACGAGAGUUGGAGAGCCAGUUGCAGGACGCACGCCAGAGCCUGGCUUUGCAACACCACUCAUCCUGGAAGCCUGCUGCCAGCCGCUGUAAGCCCCAGGCUCGUAACAACCGGUCUGUGGUCCUGGAGAAUGGCCACCCCCUCUCCAAGGACUGCAGGCCUGUGGGCUUGGUUGAAGAAGCGGGCAGCAGGUCUGCAGGACUGGGGUUGGCUGAGCGGGAGCUACAGGGCCCUGCCAGCCUCCUCCUAGGCAGGGGGCAGAGUCCCGUGUCCCCUGAGACCUCCGAUUUCUCUACCCUGCAUGACUGGUAUGGCCAGGAGAUCAUGAAGCUGCAGCAGCACUGGCAGCAGAGGGCCCAGGGGAGCCAGCCAGAAUGUGAGGAACAGGAUAAGCCCUAAGCUUGGGUACUGUGGUUCAGGAAACCAGGGCCAGUUCUUUUUCAGGAGUUAAAUGUUUGCCCAUUUCCAAGGUUGCAUUUUGGGAGGUGACAUGGGUUCUCUCCUUCCUGCUAUUUAGGUAUUCUCCAGGUUCCAGAUCCACCCGUGUGUCUGGAAGGGACUGAGGGACCAUUCCUUCCAUCCUUUUUAUUUCCGGAGGCCCAGAGAGGAAAGGGGCUUGAUCAGCUGGCACUGCGCCCGGCCCAAACUCCUGACUGCACUGGCCUGACUGCCCCCUCCCAGGGGAUAUUAAUGAAAUGGAGGAAGUGGGCAAUGUCACCUGAGAGUGUCACAGGCUUGCCCUACCUUUGACUUACACGCCAGACUCAGAUUCCAACCUGGGGAGUCUCAUGUGCAUUUAAAUCCGAGGCUGGCUGCAGUAUUGGCUUGAGACUCUGACAUUGUCAGAGAAAGUGGGUUUACCAUGUCAUAUGAGUUUCUGGGACUCAGCUCUUCCUGAGAAGGGUGAGAAGACUGGGGACGGAAUCCUCACUCAGCAAUUUGGGUAGGGCCCUUUGAGGCAGCGAGUCUUUGGCCAGUGAAGAGAGAUUUAUUCUGCUAAGAAUUUGGGGCCCCAUCCUUUCUCUCUGGCUGCCCUGUUAACAGAUGGUGCUGGACCUUGCCCCAGAAGGGCUAGUAGCUUUUUAUGUCAGCAAAAUGCCCUCCUGUACUCUGUCCUCAGCAGCCAACUCCUGGAGCUGCCAAGUGAGGGGUUAAAGAGGUGGGGAGGCAGUGUGGUUCCUGGAGAAAGCUGGUUGCUCUGGCUCUCAGUCCUGGGCAUUCCAGGAGCUUGGACACGGGAUUCCGUUUCCUGUGCUAUCUCUCUCCUGGCUGGGCUCUGGUAAAAGUGUUCUUGCAAGUGAAGCUGCUCAAGAAACCACCUGGGAACUCUCAUAGCCCUGUUUUUCACCUAGCAUGUGCUUGCCAGGACCCCUCCUUGCUACUAUUCCCAGCAUCCAGCCUGUUUUUUCUUUUUUUUUUUUUGGAGACAGUUUCGUUCUGCCGCCCAGGUUGGAGUAUAAUGGGGGUGAUCUCGGUUCACCGCAACCUCC